GAAGGGCGCACGGAAUGCGAAACAAAAGGACUGUCAAAAUCGUAGGCAGAAAAGCAAAGAAGCUGUACGGAAAGUUCUAGGAAUUAAUGUACUUCAUCUUUUAGCGGCUUCGGCGUGUUCAAAACAGUGCGUGAUUGCGUGAAAUUUAUAUACCUUCACACCACUAAAUCGUUAUGGAAGACGGCAAGGAAGAGCACCAGUUCGUUGUGGACGAUGUGAGCAAGAUCAUUAAGGAGGCAAUCGAGACGACGAUUGGAGGCAAUGCAUAUCAGCAUGACAAAGUCAACACCUGGACCGGAUCGGUGGUCGAGAACUGCCUUAGCGUGUUAACAAAACUACAGAAGCCUUACAAAUAUAUAGUAACGUGCAUGAUAAUGCAGAAGAAUGGUGCUGGGUUGCAUACAGCGAGUUCUUGCUACUGGAAUAACGAAACAGAUGGUUCUUGCACAGUGCGCUGGGAAAACAAGACGAUGUACUGCAUCGUAUCGGUGUUUGGACUUUCGAUUUAAAAUAAUGCAGUGAAAUGUGGUGAAAGAUUAAGGGUAUUUGCAAAUUUCCAGAACAAACCGUCAAUUUAAUUGUCCUGUCAUUGUCAUGUGUUUAAAAUAUCUUUUUUCCUUCCUUCAUUAUUACGAAUUUUCCACACACGGUUACUUGUGUACUGUAGUAUAAUUUUUCGGUCCAACCCAAUGGAUAGUGCGCAUUAGUAGGACAACUUUUCCCAUGUAAGAAAACGCUUUAACACUUUGUUUGUUGAGUUUAUUUAUUUUAUAGAAUAUUCUUCCGCAGUAGUUCAUUCAACUCGCAGGUGACAAUACUUACUAAUCGUGUAAGUCUCGUACAGUCCCUUGUUUGAUACAUUAGCCCUUGAAAAAACAGAUGAACACAAAAUCAAGCUUUUUACGCUUUUGUUGCUUUUUGGCAGUUUCCUCCUAGAAACCAGUUUCUGGAAAGAGGACAAGAUAGUGUGAUAUUCCGGAAGCAAAAAUUGAAUUGCAGUGUUAGUCAUAGGAAAUAGGGUAUCGCAUUUUCCUACUCACUAUUUCGUGCAAGGCUGUGCAGCUGUGUGUGUAGAGAACAUGUGAGAUGUACUGGGAAAUGGAAGAAGACUAGUGAGAUAGUUGACAGAUUGUUGAAGGCUAAAGCACAACUAAACAAAAAAAAAUACAUCUACUAAUCAGAUCUUGCUAACAUAAUGCGACACAGCAGGUGACGGUUGGAAAGAUAAUUGGCAAAAGAUAGAAGUAUAGAUUUUUGUGUCCAUACAACGAGAAAAGCGAAGAUGAGUAUCAAUUAAGAUUAUGACAGGUGUAUGCUUAUACACAAGAAAAACGCAUUGUUUUCAUUUAGUUAGCCGAUAGAAGACGCGAUGAAUGGUGAAUUAUGCAUGAAGGAUUCAUAAUAUACCUAGUAAAUAAGAAUUGAUACAGAUAAAAACAAA